AUUUUCCUUUUCGAUCUACCUUUCUACAUAGUGAUGCCACUUAUGUCAUUGACAUCAGAUUCUUCUAUACCACCUACAUCACCUUCUAGUAAUAGUAUCGAUAAUACCAGUAGUCAUAUCAAGAACAAUGAUCUAACAUCAACUAUUAGCAAUAAGGAUGGAGGAUUAUUUGACAAUAUUAGCAACAAUCCUUACUUCUCAGCUGGAUUUGGUUUAUUAGGUGUUGGAGCAGCUAUGACACUCUUACGACGCGGGUCGACAGUAGGAGCAGCUUAUUUACGACGACGAUUAUUGGUGACAUUGGAAAUCCCUUCGAAAGAUAAGUCGUACCUCUGGUUCUUACAAUGGAUGUCACAUCAAGCACCUAAGCGACAAGUACAACAUCUCGCGGUAGAGACUUCGUAUCGACAACAUGAUAAUGGUAGUGUCACCACCAAAUUUGGACUUGUACCUGGACCUGGGACUCAUUAUUUUAAAUGGCAUGGGAUCUGGAUGCAAGUACAACGUCAACGCGAUGGUAAAAUGAUGGAUCUAUCAACAGGAAGUCCUUGGGAAACUAUCACUGUCACUACACUAUCAAGAGAUCGUCAUAUCUUGACUGAACUACUCAAGGAAGCUCAGGAAAUGGCCUUACAGAAACAACAAGGGAAAACAGUCAUCUAUACUUCCUAUGGUCCAGAAUGGAGACCCUUUGGCAUGCCUCGUCGUCGAAGAAUGUUGGACUCGGUCAUCUUGGAUACUGGUAUCAAGGAACGCAUUGUUAACGAUGUUAAGGCAUUUAUUGGAAAUGGACAGUGGUAUAAUGAACGAGGAAUUCCAUAUCGAAGAGGUUAUUUAUUAUAUGGGGAACCAGGUAGUGGGAAAAGUAGUUUUAUUCAAGCAUUAGCAGGCGAACUGGAAUACAACAUUUGCAUUCUUAACCUAUCAGAACGAGGAUUAACAGACGAUCGACUAAACCACCUACUUAGUAACGUACCAGAACGCAGUAUCAUGUUAUUAGAAGAUGUGGAUGCAGCAUUUACCAAAAGGGCUCAAAGCGACAAUCAAGGCUAUCAAUCGAUGAUUACCUUCAGUGGAUUACUGAAUGCAUUGGAUGGUGUGGCAUCGGCAGAAGAAAGAAUUAUCUUUUUGACUACCAAUCAUAUUGAAAAACUUGACCCAGCGUUGAUUCGUCCUGGACGUGUGGAUUUGAAGGAACAUCUAGGUAAUGCCACCGAUCAUCAAAUUAGAGGUAUGUUUACUCGUUUCUAUCAAGACCGACCGGAUCUGGCCAAUGUAUUUGUCGACAAACUCAAGAAUCAUAAAGUCAGCACUGCUAGUUUGCAAGGUCAUUUUGUAUACUUCAAAGAUAAACCUGAGGAAGCUAUUGAACAUGUGGAUCUUCUUUGGCAUCAAUUGUAGAAAUAUUAUUUUUAUUUUAGUUACAUUUUGUAUUUUGUGAUAGAUUUUUUUUUUUGGGAUUCAUUGACUAACAAUAAAUAAAAUACACAAAGAGAAUGAUUUAUUUUAUAUUA